AUGACUACUACAAAUGUUUCAAGCCUGUCUAAUGAGUUAGGGGUGCAAGGACCAACGAAAUCGCUUUGUUUGAAGUGGACGGGCGGAACGCACAAAACGGAGAACCAGUCACAACAAGUCAACCUUCAGAUAUCCGGCGUGCAUAGCUCGAAGAAAUACGAGUUGUCAGGUGCCUACACGAUGCCUCCAUUGCAAAUUCGUCCACAAACUCUGUUGCUCGCGGAACUCCAGAAGAAAUACCCGUACUUGACAGGGCUACCUCUCGAGUCAUACCACGACGUCAGUCCCCGGAUCCUUAUUGGUCUGGAUAACGCUAGACUUGGUCAUACUAUCAAGAGCCGUGAAGGAAAGGACCAUGAACCUAUCGCCGUUAAGACACGCCUAGGCUGGAUCGUCUUUGGAAAUAGCACCAGCCAGGAGAAUGCUGAGCGGUAUGUGAACUACCACAGCACGCAAGUAUGCGAAUGUAACCGAGACUCAGACGAAGACCUUCAUAAAGGUGUUAAGGCUUACUUCUCGCUCGAUAGCCUCGGUGUCGUAAAAUCGGACAAGGCGUUGGUUUCGCAGCAGAAUCAGCGAGCACAAAUGCUCUUAGAAACACUUACUCGACGCAUAGAUGGCCGAUACGAAUCAGGCCUACUUUGGAAGUACGAGGAUGUCCGACUCCCGGAUAGCAAAGCAAUGGCACUGAAGCGGUGGAAGUGUUUGAAAAAUCGCUUGAACAAAGACCCAGUGUUAUCCGAAGCAUUAAAUGCGAAAAUCACCGACCACAUUAGCAAGGGCUACAUAAGGAAGUUAACAGUGGAAGAGCAACAAAAUCCACGUUCCCGCGUGUGGUAUCUUCCUAUUUUUCCGGUGGUCAACCCAAACAAACCGGGCAAGAUGAGACUCGUGUGGGAUGCAGCAGCUACUGCCCACGGUGUGUCACUCAAUACCUUUUUGCUGAAAGGACCUGACCAGCUGGUAUCAAUUCUAUCCGUGCUGCUACAGUUCCGAGAGUUUCGCGUAGCAGUGUGUGGUGAUCUCCGCGAGAUGUUCCAUCAGGUAAUGAUACAUGAAACCGACCAACACUGCCAGCGCUUCUUCUGGAUGGACGACAACCAAGCGACGGAGCCGAGUAUCUACGUAGUCCAAGUGAUGACCUUUGGUGCCUCCUGCUCGCCUACCCGACAUAGCACAAUACGUAAAAAAUCUAACGCUAAGCGGUUCGAGCGCGAUUACCUGGAAGCCGUCAACGCUAUCGUCAAACGGCACUACGUGGACGAUAUGCUCGUGAGCGUAGAAUCCGAAGAGGAAGCGAUCCAGCUUGUACAUGACGUGAAAAGGAUCCACGCGUCGGCUGGUUUCGAAAUGCGAAAUUGGGUAUCGAACUCUCGUAACGUCUUGGUGGCGGUUAAUGAGGAUACGACGACGGAGAAAAAUCUUGACAUCGGCGAGGAGAGUGUCUCUGAAAAGGUGCUAGGCAUGUGGUGGGAUACGAUGAAAGACUGUUUCACCUACAAGGUUUCCGCACGAUAUGACAAGGAACUCAUCUCAGGGAACCGUCAUCCAACGAAGAGAGAAGUUCUACGCACGCUAAUGAUGGUAUACGACCCACUCAUCGCACACAUUAUGAUGUUUUUGAAAGUGCUACUCCAGGAGAUCUGGAGAACACCAGUUGGCUGGGAUGACCCGAUUGAAGAUCCGCAGUAUGAGAAAUGGUUGAAAUGGUUAGCGAUCUUCCCGCAAAUAGCAACAAUUGAAAUCCCACGCUGUUAUCGAAUUCUAACUCCCAGUGGAAAAGCCACCGUAGUACAAAUGCAUACUUUCGUCGAUGCAAGCGAAAAUGGUUUUGCUGCGGCAGUGUAUCUACGUUUCGAAAACGUUAAUACUGUUGAAUGCGCAUUGGUUAGCGCAAAAACAAGAGUUGCGCCGCUGAAGUUCUUAUCGAUUCCUCGUUCCGAGCUUCAAGCUGCCGUUAUUGGCGUGCGAUCAGUGGAUACAAUCUCAAAAUCACUUUCAAUCCAUGUCAGUCAACGGAUGUUCUGGACAGAUUCUAAAGAUGUACUCUGUUGGAUCCGCUCCGAUCACCGACGAUACAACCAAUUUGUAGCAUUCCGUGUCAGCGAAAUCCUUGAGACGACGGAUGUUUUUGAGUGGCGAUGGGUUCCGACGAAAGAUAAUGUCGCUGACGAAGGAACGAAGUGGAAACGAGCCCCGAACUUUGCUAGUGACAGCCGCUGGUUUCGUGGACCGAAGUUCCUUGUCCUCAACGAAGAAAACUGGCCUGUGAAUCCGUUUCCUGGAAGAACCACAGAGAUGGAGCUUCGACCACAUCUGCUGCUUCACACCCAACCUAUUGAUUCGGCAAUUGAUCCACAGAACUUCUCAAAAUGGACUGACCUUCUACGUGUAACCGCUUACGUCCUGCGAUACAUGAACAAUCUGAAGCGCAGCUGUCAUGGAAAACCACGCGUGUCUGGACAACUAACAAGAAAGGAUUUCGUCGACGCCGAAAACCAUCUGUUCCGCCGUGCUCAGUCCGCGGCUUUCUCAGAAGAGAUAGCUAUUCUCGUAAAAAACCGUUCGUUGACGAAACCAGUGAAAACGAUUUCCAGAUCUAGCUUGCUGUACCAGUGGUGUGCCUUUUUAGACGAAAACGAUGUGCUUCGUGUGAACGGUAGAACAAAGGCAUGUGUAUUCAUCGAUCGAAACGCAGCCGAGCUGGUAAUUCUACCCCGUGAUCAUCCCGUAACACGCCUCAUCAUUUCUGAAGUUCACGAGCGGUUGAAGCAUCAGAAUCACGAGACAGUUGUAAACGAGAUACUACAACGUUACCGUAUUCCUCGUUUGAAAGCAGCGUACAAAAAGAUCCGAAAAAACUGCCAACAAUGCAAAAUCCUCUACGCCAAACCACAGCCCCCGGCGAUGGCUGACCUUUCUCCAGCCCGCCUAUCCGCCUUUACUCGUCCUUUCACCCACAUGGAAGUGGACUACUUCGGUCCGACGCUGGUGUCGAUCGCUCAUACACUGACCACAGACUCCUGCAUAAUGGCCAUCUGGAACAUCAUGGCUAGAAGGGGCAUUCCUGCGGCAAUCUACAGUGACCGUGGGACAAAUCUUCGAGCAGCAAGUAAAGAGCUGCGAACGGCAAAGAAAAACCUCAAAUCGGAUAGUUUCCCAGUUGCUCAGAAAGACAAGAUAAUCACUAAAAAUUCCGUCUAA